AUGAUCGAUAACUCAUUGGCAGCGCUGAUGGACCUGUUGGCUCUGCUUGGACACUUGCCCCUGCUCAACCAUACCCGAACGCUGUUUCUGUCGGUGCUGGGCGGCUUUGGUAUGGGUACGAUGAAGAUGGGGGCUGAGUACGAAGGCGUCGACGUCAAACACCAUCCCACGGAAGUGGUGUACCGCAUGUGGAACCGGUUGGUGCUGGGGUCAACUGAGAAUAGUGUCUACAGUUUCUUCAAGGCUAACGCGAACGUGGUCAGUGUCAACGAAACAUGCCCGCCCCAGAUCCUCGAACAUUUAUACUUCCACCACUUGGGAGUGGGUAAUCGCAGUGAUACACCACCACCACCGCGGCCGUUUGUGUCGGUGUUAGGGUAUUGGGCUCACCUUGUCAAUCGCAUCCUGGCGUAUUGCCAAAACCUUGACCUGGCGGUAUCGUCAUCAGAUAAAGCGUGGGCUUAUACGACAAUUGAUGCGAUGUUGGAGCUCAUGGGCUCGGACGACGCUCAAGAAAUGUGCUGUUUGAUCAUGAUCCAAGAAACAAUGGUGAUGAAAUCGCUACAUCUGGCCCACACGUUCGUUCCUGAAGUUGACUACAUUUUACAGAGUAUUGCCACCACGUUGAUUCCUAAAUACCCUAAUUGGAUCACGCAUAUGCUGUGGGUCAAAAACGUUUCAAGCUUCGACAAUAACCUCUCGAAAGCAAUUGACUUUUACCUUGAGUGUCUUGAACACGGAGACAAAUGGAAAACACACGAGGUGGCGCCUCGCUUGUGUAUGGCGUUGUUGACGAUGCACCAAUUCUGGUCUGAAGACCAAACGCUGUGGUUUCACACUUACAAUCAAAUCCUGAAUAAAGCGUCGGUGUCAGCGAGUCUCUGCUACUUUUUAUACGCGACGAUGAGAACAUUGGGAUUACGGGACACACGUAUCGAGCCGACAUUUGCAUAUUUCACCAACCCACCGCUCCCUUGGCUUCGUCAAGAUGCUAAACCUCUGGUCAAGCUUUUGUGGACGAAAUCCCUCAGGCUUGCGGCGAUCACCGCUCUUGAUCUCCUCUCUAAAGUCGUCAGGCUUGAGCUUGAAUGUUUGGAGGUAUCCCAUCCAGUGUCGGACCGAUUAUACCACCAAAUCGUCGCCGCCAACAUUACAAUGGUGGCACAGGCAGUGGUACCAUUGAUUUCCGGAGGCAAAUCCACCCUCCACUAUGGGCUUGCUCGCAAAGUAUUUUGUGAAAUCACUGAUGCAAACGUCACCUGCCCUUCAUGGGUGAUUUGGCAAGCAAUAUUCGAUGCUGUCAUCAAGAUCGAUUGUCAGCCAUAUCACAAAGCAGUGACGGAACUCGUCACGGGUUGGAGCAUCAACAGUCCGAUACGGGAUCAGAUGGCCAUUUGGCUAGCCAAAAACGAAUAA